AUUUCCUAUUUUACUUCUCUCUGUUUAAUAAAGAAGAUGAUUGUUGCUGCUGCUGCUUCCAUUAAUAUAAUAGCAGUAAAGCCCAGCGUUCUCUCUUCUUCUUUGUUCUCUUCAGACCUCAAUCUCUUUCCUUCUUCUUCUUCCUCUUCCUCCGUUGGGUUCAGAUCCUUCUCUCACCCUGCUGCUCCCUCUUCCCUCCAAGUUAGAUGUGCGGCCACCAAACAAGUCAAAUCACCAGCUGAUGAGGACUGGAAGACGAAGCGCGCUGUUCUGCUUGAAAAGAGGGUCCGGAGCGUAGAUGUAAAAGAAGCUUUACGGCUUCAGAAGGAAAACAAUUUUGUUAUUCUGGAUGUUCGUCCUGUAGCUGAGUACCAGGAGGCGCAUCCUCCUGGUGCUAUCAAUGUACAAAUUUACAGGCUGAUCAAGGAAUGGACAGCAUGGGAUAUUGCUCGCCGUGCGGCAUUUGCAUUCUUUGGCAUAUUCUCUGGCACAGAAGAGAAUCCUGAGUUCGUACAAAGUGUGGAGUCAAAACUAGAUAAAGAUGCCAAAAUAAUUGUCGCAUGUUCCACGGGUGGAACGAUGAAACCUACACAAAAUCUCCCAGAAGGCCAACAAUCCAGGUCCCUGAUAGCAGCAUACGUACUGGUAUUAAAUGGGUACAAGAAUGUAUUCCAUCUCGAAGGAGGGCUCUACUCCUGGUUCAAAGAAGGGCUCCCUGCUGUCGGUGAAGAUGAAUGAAACUUCAAGAACUCGGCCGACUUCUUAUAAUGUUGAGUCUUUUAUUUUGUUCCUGAGCUCGUUAAGGUUCUCGGUUGAGUAAUUAUGUACAUUGUACAGCUGUACGCGUGAGAGAUCUGAUUCCUUCUUUCUGAAUUGGCCUCCUACAUCAAAACCAAAUGUGGUAAUCGUUUCUUGCAAUAAUUUCCGUAUGCCUUUAGUGGAUGUAUACAUGAA